AUGGACAAACUCAAGGCGAAGCGGGCUUCACGACGAUCUUUGAACAGCCGGAUCAUCCAUGAGCUUGAUUCCAUCUACGAGAGGCUCAAAACGAACAACGAUGAGUUGAACAAGAUCAACAACGAAUUAGGGAGCGUCAUCACGGACGAGGACUUCCAAUCCGAGUACGAAACAGUUUUAGAGUAUGAAAACAACGCGACGCGCAUUCUCGCCGAGCUCAUAAGCCGUCGGAACCACAUUUCAAGCACACCAGCAAAAGAGGGAUCGGGGUCGGGGCCGGCUACCAAUGUGGUCGCUACACCAUCAGAGAGGACGGGAGCCAAGCUGCCGAAGCUCAUGAUCGCACCCUUUUCUGGGGAUGUGUGUAAAUGGACGGAGUUCUGGGAGCAGUUUCUCCAAAUUGUCCAAAACAAAGUCAUUCUGACUACGACGGAGAAGCUCCACUAUCUGCGACAGUUUUUAAAAGGAGACGCUGCCUCAGCGGUGGCCGGCCUUCCAACGACUGAAGCAUGCUAUAAUGACGCUGUAGACCUACUACAGAAGCGCUUCGGGAACAAGACCCGCCAAAAGCAGGCAUACUUUGCAACAUUGCAUCAGCUGAAUCCUAUUCGAGCAUUUGGUGACACAAGAGCCUUCCGACUACUCUACGACCACGUGCUCGUGGACAUCCGAGGGCUGGGUGCACUGGGUGUGCAGCGGUCUUCAUUUUCGUCGAUGCUCUGCGACGUCAUACUUAGGGCAUUACCCCGAGACCUGGUGAUACUGUAUCACCGUACCUGUGCCGCACAAGCUGAGAAUAAUGCCGUGGACAACGCAGGGUUGGGCGGUCUCCUGAAGCUCCUUUCGGCCGAACUGGAGAGUUUGGAAAAAAGCGACUAUAAGGAUAGCAGCGGACGAGACAGCGGGGCUCAACAUGUGGCGACCCAGCCAGCCCGUAGUCGGCCUUGGAAGCAGUCUACGUCAUCUGUUCUCCAUACGAAUUCGACUCGUGAUUAUCAACACUACAACGAGAUGUGUGCGUGCUGUUCAUCCAAGCAGCACUCCACGGAAGCGUGUCCUACCGACAUGUCCCUGUCGCAAAAGAAGCAAAUGCUGUCGAUUGACAAAAGGUGCUUCCGAUGUACCACGAAAGGCCACAGGGCACGCGACUGCAAGCGGAGGAUCUCGUGUUCGAAGUGCAAAGGCCGACAUUCCUCGAGUAUGUGUGACCCAGAGGGAUUCCACAGGACUCGCACCAAGCCGCCCGGACUGACCGUGCAAUUGCCACAGUUUGUUCAUCACUAG